UGGCGUCAUGAUGACCACGAGGUUAGAAUGCAUGAAAAACACACACGUGUGUUGUCUUGUCAGAGCCAGAUACCGACGAUCUGUUUUAAAACACCCACUUGUAGCUUCCUCUAUUCUUUUUCGUUGUUUAAGACGCACAUGUUAUAAUUCACAGUAAGACUGAUUAAGACAUUGACUUGAAAAGAGCGACUAGUAGUAUGGAGUAUUUGCCGGACUCUAAUGCCAGAUAUAAGGAUGUGGAUUACUGGAAUGAACGGUACCGGACGGAGGAGAGCUUCGAGUGGUUCGGGGACUUAACUAAAUUUGACCAUCUGCUCAAACAGCACGUGGGGACGGAAGAAAAUAUUCUGAUGCUAGGUUGUGGCAACAGUGCUCUGAGCUAUGAUAUGUACCGGGCCGGCUACACCUCCAUCACUAAUGUGGAUUACUCCAGUGUUUGUGUGGAGAGCAUGGCGGAGAGACACAAGGACUGCGCUCAGCUCAGCUGGCUGUGCAUGGACGCCCGGCGACUGGCCUUCCCUGAUGGUGUGUUUGAUGUGGUUUUGGAGAAGGGAACUCUGGAUGCCAUGCUGGUGGAGGAGAGCGACCCAUGGAAGGUCUCGGAGAGCGCGGCCCGACUGCUGCACCAGGUUCUCUUGGAGAAAACAGAAGAUGAUGUUUUGAAAAAUGUCUGUUAUCUUUAUCCAGUCAACGGGAUUCAACGUUUUUUGGACCCCUCCAUUUAUCAGAAUAUCAUCUUUUGUGAUAAAAAGGCUUGCAUCGACAUGAAGGUCAGUCGUGUUUUGAAACCUGGUGGCCGUUUCAUCUCGGUCACGUUUGCGCAGCCACAUUUUCGUAAGGGACUCUAUGCUCGAGCGGAGUAUGACUGGUCUAUCAAGCACUAUCACUAUGGCAACAGCUUCCACUACUUCCUCUAUGUUCUCACCAAAGGGGAGGAGCUUAGCUCCGAGGAUGCUGCACUGGAGAGGAGACUGCUUGUGGAAGCUGAGGCUCCACCCACAAAUAUAAGAUUUCAAGGAGCGGAUUCUGAGGACUUCCUGAAUAACAUUGGAUUAUAGGGAUUUGCACAACAUCUAUCAAUCAAGAGACAGCUGACAGAAGUUGUACAGCAUUCAUAUACAUUUUUAGGCUCCUAUCCUAGUGCACCCAAAAAUUACACUUCCUCUCCUUCAUGUUGUUCUAAAUUCAUUAGAUUUUUUUUCUUCCUUGGAACAAAACAGAUUGUUGUUGUUUUUGUUAAAUGAUCGUCUCCAUUUACAUUUGUGUUCCAGGGAAGGAAGAAAGUCAUACAGGUUUGGAACAACAUAAGGAAGAGUAAAUCAUAACAGAAAUUUAAUUAUUGGGUGAACUAUUACUUUAUCCGUUUUCUUGACUAAAAGAGGAAACGAUUACUCUUUUUGUUUUUUAGUGAUGUUAAGGACAACAUUGCACUGAAAUAAAACAAAACAUAGUAACCUGACCUCUGGGAUCCUGUUAACUUUUAGAAUUACAUGUUUACUUUUACGCCACUCUGUAUUGGUUUAGAAUACGUUCAGUACUUGGACUUGGAACAGCUAUAUGCUCUUAAACUAUUUCUUUUAAAUAUCUUGUAUAUUUUUUAAAAGCCUUUUUUUAAGCAUGUUUUGAUGUGAAUUUGUACUCUGUUUUGCAUUUUCGCUCUCUCUCUCUCUCUCUGGCCUAUUUCUGUUCGAUUGUGUUGAUUGGUAUGACAAGGUUGAGUGGUUGGCACCUGCACAAUUGUGCAGAGACAAAUCUGUCACAAACGCUUCUCAAACAACAAAUAAACAGACAGACAGAAAACAAACAGCCCUGCUGUGUGCCAGAAUAUGA